AUGUUUGGUCUACAAUUUGGGCUGCGUAGACUCUCAAUCGAUGCGUUUCCUCGCACCUGUGCGUGGAUCUACGCAAGUUUGGGACUUUAUGAAGAAGCUGUUGGACUAACCCUUGAUUUUGAUGUCAACUUAGCGAAGGAAUAUGCCAUGCUGCCUGGCAUUUCAUUGAGCAGAAAGAUGCGCCUCUGGCUCAUGAUUGCCAAGCACAUUGUUACGGACCGAUCGCUGGCCAUCUCCGAGUCAUUGCGAGUCUUACAUGAAUCCAAUGUUCUAUCCAUCGAAGAUAUUUUGGCAUUUUUUCCCGAUUUCGUUGUCAUUGAUACGUUCAAGUCCGAGAUAUGCGGUUCGCUAGAUGAAUACAAUCGAAGUUUAGCAAUAUUGCGGGCCGACAUAGAUGAAUUCAUGAGGAGUUCCGCGGAUAUGCAUUGUGAAAUAUCGAGACUAAACACUGAUUCUUUCACGAUUCCCAUCAAUAUGUAUUGUGCAUUUUCUGGCUCAAGGCUCGCAAAUAGCGCAUUUAGUUAUUUUACUAGUGGCCUCGCCUAUUGUCCCUAUGCAACAUCAAGUUACUUGACAUCCUAUCUAAAGCGCACGAACAAACCUGAUGCUUGCUUCCACCUAGGAGAUGCGUGUCCUCUCACAGGCGACAUUAUGAUGACCGCAGUUGAUGCCCCCCUCCGUGCAGGAUAUGGAACGUGGGAUAUUGGCUGA